CACAUAUGCUUUCCCGCAGCAAACGCGGCACCAGGUUCAAACGCUCACUGAACACGCGUCUGCCUAAUAGAACGCAGUUUUCUUUUGCCUUAGGAGUCCAUUUAGCUUCUCCUUUAACCUUUUUCUCACCAACAUAAGACUGUGCACAGCUUCUUCUUCUUCCUGCCAGGAAAGCAACCUCGAUACCUUCAUCACAGACAUCUCGGAAUAAACAGUCUAAACAUAGUUCCCUUCGUCGCUAAGAACCCCAGCCGUCAUUUAAUUUCCUUGAACCAGCAGACAAUAUGCCGCCACCUCCUGUGUACACAUGCAAGCUCAAGAAGGACAAUAUCGUAGUGCAGCAAACAUCGCCACACUACCGUUCGCAACGCUUGAGGAUUCAAUUUAAGCGCACAAUCCGUGUUCCGGACAAUGCAGAAGUCGCACAACUCCCACCUGGCCUUGGCGACUUCCGCCUAUUCAAGACUUGUGAUUUCGCUUCCAAGUUACCCGCAGACAUGACUACACAAGCCGGCGUAUUUUUCACCAUGUAUCAGCGCGAGGCUAUGUGGGUUAACUUUACAGCUAACCAUCCUUUCUCCAUCAAGAUUUAUGCCGGUGGUGUCAACGCCGUCUCAGGCGAACAUAAUCUGGAGAGUAUGGAAACAAAAAUUAGACGACUUGAUCUCAUUGCCGAGGGCAAGAGCAUCCAGGACUAUGUUGUUGUCCCUGAACAGAUGUGGAUUGAUGGCUUCGCAGUCGCCCCUGGCGUGGUCAGACAGUUUGUUGCUAUGCCUCUGGGUACUGGGUAUAGCGUGGAAGCGCAGCUGACUGGACAAGAGGCUGUCGGUGGCCUGCAGUUUGAGAUUACCCCGUCUUUGCCAUCAGAGCGAACGAUUCCGCCACCUCGCUUACAAAAAUCACUGGGAACCCCUUAUCAUGGCCCUUGCAGAAUUACAGUUAAGACUCUCACCGGCAAGACCAUACCUGUUAGUUGUUCCUCAUCGGAUACAGUCGAUACAAUCAAACAGUACAUAGAGGACGAAGAAGGAAUUCCUACCGACCAGCAGCGGCUGAUAUUUGCGGACACGCAGCUCGAAGAUCAACGAAUCUUAUCCGAUUACAAUGUGCAAAAGGACUCCGUGAUACAUUUGGUGCUGCGACUCCGAGGCGGCGGUUGGUACGGACCCAUGGGCGUAGCUGCAGGUGGAAAGAUCAAACAAGUAAUUCAGAAAGACGAAAUGGACCCUCAAAUCUGGGUUCCAGCCUCAACCAUUGCGAUUUCAGUACAUAUCCUGACAACCACGAUGUUCCGCGACAUCACGGGACAGAAGCCUCCCGAGUGCCCCAUCUCGGAGUCAGCCUACGCAGAUGCUGGUCUUCCAUUCUUCCACCUGCCGGAGGAGCCCAGCGGUAUCUCCGGUGCUUUCGACGAGGUCAAGAGCGUCAAUGAGAUCAACGUGGAUCGCGGUUUAGCGAGUGGUGAAGAGCCUGACGUGAAGCCACAAGUCGUCACGAUCCGACCGGGUGAGGAUACCACUGCAAAGAACAAAGUCGAUAUGGAGACAAUUCGGGAUCCUGAUGGCCUCGUCAAUCCUAAUGGACCGCUCCGGGCUUUUCGUACUUUGAAAAUCCUUGAGGAUGAACUGAAAGCGACCGACGGAAAAGCCGAAUGACGGUAUUAUGACAGAAAUGCUUGUUGACCAGAACACUACAACGUCCAUAGGGGGCGUGGUG